AUGCAGAUGAUGCAGACCGUCGCCGGCGAUGAUGGCAGCGUCCUCCAAGGAACCUCUGCAGCGCCCACGAGGCGGUGGUCCAUGCUCCCGGAUGAUCUCCUUCGCCAGGUCCUCGCCAAGCUUGUCGGCCCCAUUGACGGCGCCCGCUUUGCCGCCGUGUGCACGUCGUGGCGCGCCGUCGUGCCGGGGCUCCCGCCACGUCUCCCAUGGCUGAUCCUCGACCCGAGGGGCGACGACAAGCUUAGGGUCAUCCCGUCCGAUGCCCCGCUUAGGGUCAUCAACUUCUUCUACCGUGCCGAGGUGCCGCUCUCCGCGCAACAGAGGAGGAUCAGGAUCGUGAACCAACCCACCCGUCCCGAGGUAGCGCCGUCUAAAGUGCGACCGAAAAACCCACCUGCACGCUUGGGCACCGGCGACCAGUUAUUUUCGUUGAAGAUGAUCUUCUCCGGGCCGCCCACCUCGAGCAGCAGCAUCCUUGCUGCCAUCAAUGAUGAGCAUGACGUCGCGAUCUGCGGGCUUGGCCACAUGGAGCGUGGAUGGACGAGGCAAAGAUUCGACGAGGACACAGUCUUGGAUAUCACCUUCUGCAAUGGCCAUCUCUAUUGCCUCCUGGGAUUGAGCGACCCACUUGUCAGGUGCGAGGUCGGCUUAACUGAAUACGGCACGGCGGUGUUUGGAGCCGUCCACUGGCUACCCAUGCCACACCGCCACUUGGUGACGGAGGGCAAAAAGGAGGCAUAUACCAGAUACAUUCUUGAGCUACGCGGCAACCUUGUGAUGGUGGCGAGGAAGACCAAGGACCCACGACAGAGGGAAGAGGCUGAAGUGGAAAGACGUGACAAGCCUGGGCGAUCACGCCUUAUUCUUGGGGCCGAUGUGUGCUAA